CCUCGGCCGAGGAAGUCUGCGUGUUGAGGCCCUCGGUGCUCCGACCUCCGCCGACGGCCUCGCCGCUAUGAUCCCGCCGUAUUCGCUCUCGGCAUCGCCGACGUUGCUCCUUCGCCCAGCGAGCUCGCUCGCUCAUUGGCCGCUAGACCGCGUUCAAUUCUCGCCGCGUUUAAGUGCAGAAGCGGUGCCUUGGACCGGCUCCCCGCCUGCCGCCUCUGGCCGCUCCCACUUGCCGUGGAGCGCGCCUCACGAGGAGGCAGACGACGCUGCGGUGGACGCGGCGUCGGAGGACAUCACUGCCCUGCUUGUCGCGGUCACGCUCUGUCUCGAGGCAGUCGGCCCGCUCUCCUUGGCAGCGGUGGUGGCCUCCUCCCUGCUGCUGGCGUCCACGGGGCUGCUCCCCGAGGGCCUGCCGCUCUCCUGGUCGCUCUCCGACGCCGCGCCCUGCGCUCCCCUCGUCUGCGCCGCCGUCGCGAGCGAGGCCGCAUUUUAUCUCGCCUGCAUCGCUGCCGCCCACCUCUCGUCCUCGACCCUCGGCCACGCGCCUGGCGCUGCGAGGCCCGGCGUGCGUGCGUGGCCCGAGGAGCGGCGGGCCGCGCUGUGGCGCCGCAUCCUCACCGACUCGUCGACGACGCCGCACGACUUUGUCGCCGAGUGGAUGUACCGCGAGGGGUCGGGUGCAACCUCCCCUGCGGCGUUGCUCGCCGAGUGGGCGGCGAGGCGAGUCGGCCUCUCCAAAGCCCGCAAGGGCCGGGCCGCAGAGCUGUCUGCGGGCGGCGUCGCCUACUCGGAUCUCUGCGUCGGCGACGUGUACGACUGGCUCGCCGCAACCUUCUUCGGCGCGAGUCGUGCGGACCUGACGCCGGCGCAGGCCCCGCCUCCCCACGACCGCGAGCUGCGGGAGAUGGUGGACAAGCUCGAGGCGGCGAGCGGAGCCCUGCGCCGGAUGCCCGGCGACGUGGACGGAGCGCCGAGCCGCGCCUUCGCGACGUCGCCCGGCAUCCGGCGCUACUGCGCCGCCGCCGACGCCGUCCGGUGGCGCCACCGGCCGCUCAGCUACUAUGCCGUCUCUCAUGGGGUUGGCGCGGCCGCGUACACGCCGUGCGUCAUGCGGCGCGCGUCCUUCGAGCGGCGGAAGGAGGAGGAGCUGAUGUACUGGUACCGCCCCGCCCCCGCCGGCACGCCUCCCACCGAGGCGCUCGUCUUCGUGCACGGCAUCGGGAUCGGUGGCUUCGGCCCCUCUAAGCCACCUGCAUGCCCCCCCUCGCCACACCUGGAGGGCUGGAGCACACGAUACAUGCUUGAGCUGGCGAACGCCACCGUGGGCGAGCUGGAGCAGGUGGAGCUUGAUGGGCUGACCGACAUAAACACCAAGUACUUUGGUGAGAUGAUACCAAAUUAUGCUCCGAUCAGUCAGGGGAUCCUGGGGCUCUAUACCGUGCCCGUGUUCUUCAUGAGCGCGUACCAGCUUCGUCCCUCAUCGGAGCUCGAACUCGUUCUGCAGCGGCGAGACGAGCUGCACGCCGCCGCCCGCCGUCUCUCGCCUCUUGCGCCCCAGGCGGCCGGCGGGCUUUCGUUUCGUAGGCAGGACGAGCUGCACGCCGCGCUGACCGAGCUCGAGCGCCGAGUCGCCGCCGAGGCGCGCGUCGCCGGCAGCGGCGCACCGUCGGAGCGGCAGGCCGCCUCCGAGCGCGCCGAGUCCCAUACCCCCAGAGUGGUCGAAUCCAGUGUGGGUUCAGGCGAGAUGCGCGAGACGCUGACCGAUGCCGUCGAGGCGCUCAACGGCGCGCGCGCCGCCGAGGCUGCCGAGCCUCCCGACGCCGAGCUCGCGCGCACGGCGGGCGGACUCGACGAGGACUUGCGCCGCGUCGACGCGCUGAUGGCGGACGAGGCCGCGCUUGCCCGGCUGGCGGCGGCGGGCGGCGGGCUGGCCUGA